AUGUUAAUGUACACCACAGCCAUACUAGUCUCCGUGGUAGGCUUCACAUAUGCCUCGGUCCCUCUAUAUCGUAUGUUUUGUCAAGCAACCGGUUUCAGCGGUACACCAAACACCAGUGACACCUCCAGAUUCAGCGCUGACCGAUUAAUACCCGCAGAAAAUUCGCGUCGGAUAAAAGUAACAUUUAACGCGGACACUUCGGUCGCAUUACAAUGGCAAUUCAUUCCGCAACAACGUGAAGUUCGGGUACUGCCGGGCGAGACAGCACUAGCAUUUUAUACGGCAAAAAACCUUUCGGAUCAAGAUAUUAUUGGAAUAGCCACGUAUAAUGUCACGCCGAUGAAAGUUGGACAGUACUUUAAUAAGAUACAGUGCUUUUGUUUUGAGGAGCAGAAAUUGCGAGCCGGGGAACAGGUUGAUAUGCCAGUGUUUUUCUUUUUAGAUCCAGAAUUUGCUAAUGAUCCGUUAAUGAGAGAUGUGGAUACGGCACGUUACGAUAAUGGGAAACUUGAACCAGUACCUGUAUCAAGGUGA